AUGGCGGUGACCUCCGCCAAAGAACUCAGUGCAGUCGCUGGCAUUACUACGAAACUUCACGGUCUUCUCCAGAACGCUGCAGUCAGCAAGCCACAGACAACGAUCGAGCCUCCACUGCACGUUGAUGAAUUUCUCGGCCCGAUCGCGAGCUUACAUGAUGAUUUACCACAAGACUUUGAUCAGGUCUACCGGUUCAGCUUGGUCGAGACAGCAACGAGAGAUGUCUUCUAUGAGCUCAUCAGCACAACCGACAUCGAUGAUCCCAAAUUCGUGACCGUCUGGAAUUUACUGGAUAUCAUCUUGAUCUGUGGCGAUCAUGGCAUGUGUACACCAGAGUUGGUCUGCUGGCUGCUCGAAGAACUUCUUGACAGUCAAACCACGUAUGGGUGUCGCAAUGUCUUUGAUUACUUAGAACUUCGUCGCGAGAGACUCGCCCAGAAGGACUUUCACAAAAAGAACCUUGUUUUCUUGCGGUCCUGCAAUGAACUGUUGAGACGAUUAAGCCGCGCUGAGGACGCGAUUUUCUGCGGUCGGGUCUUCUUUUUCCUGUUCCAGACGUUUCCUUUGGGAGACAAAAGCUCGGUCAAUCUGAGAGGAGAAUUUCACACAGACAAUACCACGAACUUCGAUGAGCAGGGACUGGCUGCAGCUCAUGAUGGCGACGACGGCAUGGAUGUCGACAAUGCCUCACAGAGACCAGAAGAUGGCACCACAUCAGAUCCUUCAAAAUCAAGCAAUAAGUCCACGAAUACAAAGGAUCAAGGUGGCAAAAAGGACGAGCGGACACUACCAAAUCAUGAGCUUUAUCCGAUCUUCUGGCGACUACAACAUGACUUCUCCAAUCCAACUCGACUGUAUGAAGGUGCAAACUUUUCAGCCUUCAAGCAGGGUCUCUCAAGCACCAUUGCAAAAUUCAAAAAGUCCCCGACUGUGGUACAGGCUAAAGUGCUUGACACUGACCAUCACAGAGCGAAGCGGGAAUCUGGCGAAGAUGCUUCAAUGGACCAGGACGACGAUGGCCUCAUUGACAAUUACAACCCUAAAUAUCUGACCAGUCGUGACCUUUUUCACCUUGAGCUUAGCGAUCUCGCUUUUCAACGGCAUAUUCUUGUGCAGGCUCUCAUCUUGAUUGAUUUCCUACUUUCCCUAACGGAAAUGGCGAAGAAGAAGCGAGAUUCGCUCAAUUUCCAGAACAAAUCAUUACUCUAUGCCUACACCCUCAGUGAUGAAGAUGCGAAAUGGGCCACGUCAACAAGAGGGACAAUCACGACCUAUCUUGGAUCGACACGAGACGGUCGUGAGUAUUGUCGAAUGAUCGAGACCGUGCUUGCCAGGGACAAGAAUUGGAUCCGAUGGAAGAUGGAGAGCUGUCCAUCUAUUGUGAGGCCGCCCGUGUCCACCGACCUCGAAAUGGCGGCGCGUAAGGGUGCACAGGAUAUUACGCGCCCACGACGUAUGCCUGAAAGAUCUGGCGGUGGACUCAAUUUAGGUUUCCUCGAUGAAAAGAGCACUGGGGACAUUCAGUCACUCGCAUUACAUACGAGGUACGAGUCGCCAAGUAUCCAGACGCUGACUGAGGGGAUAAAAAUGGAUCAGCUGGAUGCUGAGAUGGCCGAUGAUGCAGAACUGGCCCGUUAUCAGACCAGCAUUGCAAACAAGAGAUGGCGGGCAUUACGAACGGUACGAGCAACAGAUCUGGCACUUUUAGAUAGAGUGGACUCCACCAAGGACUUUGACCUGGAGACUGCGAUCAGACCGAAGGAGCCUCAGCGCGAUGAAUCAUCUGCAGAUCGUAGCGUGGAUGAGGUUGGACCCGACUUGGCCGCAGCGGAAGGUCAUGCCGUCGAAUAG